AUGGCACAAGUCCCACCACCAAGAAAUCAGGAUACUGAAAAAGGUUCAACAAAGCCGGCUGCAGCUACUACAAACGAUACAGGGACACAAACUGUGAAUACAAAUCAGUCGUCAAAACCAACUGUGACUAACACUACUAGUGCAGCAAAAGUGGUGAAGACACCUGCUCCACCAGUAAGGGGACCUGAACUGAAUUUGAGGCCAGAUCCAUUACGUGAGUUUUAA